GGACGAGAUUCAAAUAUUUCCCUACGUGGAAAUACGCAAGAAAGUGGCGAAGAUAUUGUUGGAGAAAUUAAAUUGUCGUCACUAACAAUGAAAUAAAUUGAAAAUUUGCGAAUUUUUCUUAUAACUUCCGGAGAAAAUAUCAUGUUAAAAAAGUUAGAAUUAGCGCAACUCAAGGAGGAGUACGAAUUAUCAUACAUCUCCAAAAUCAAUAACGGUUACAGAUCAGAAGUAUACAGCAUGUGGGAUUAUAGGAGACAGCAUGCGAUUGCUGUGAAGAUACCAAAUUCACCAGGAGACGAGGUUCCUGCUGAUUAUUGGUCACACAUUCAUCAUUCGAACGUUAUACCCUUAUACGAAAUAGCUGAAUUGAAGGAUGGAAAGACUGCUUACGUCAUGCCACUCUAUGAUACCACAUUGGAAAAGGAAGUCAUGUCGCGUAAUUUCCCACGUAAUUCUCUAAGUUUUGCAUUGGCCAAGAAGUGGAUUUACGAAAGUUUAUGCGGAUUGGCAGAAAUACAUUCUCAGGGUUUGUGCCACUUAAAUUUAAGACCGGAAAAUAUCGUUUUAACUCUCGGAAAAUCGGCCAGAUUGGGUGGUUUAUCCAUGAUGAGGAAGGACGAUGAGGAUGCUACAACUAAGCUCAUGAUAAGCCCAUUGUAUGCCCCUCCAGAAUUUUGGGAUAAAAGUGAAACGACGGGAGUACAAUUAGAUCUUUGGGCUUUUGGGAUCGUUAUUUUAGAAACGUUAAUUGGGAGAACAUUUCGUAGAAAGUUGUUUUCUAAGUCGGACAUCAUUAACCGUGGCAUCAAUGGAUACAGAAUAUGGAACGAUCACGUUCGGCCAUUUCUGAAAAAAAUAAGACAUAAAAAUUAUUUUAAAACUCUUUUAAAGAAAGCUCAUCCCGUUGCUUCUCUUAUAAACAGUGAAGUAGAAUCUGCGUGGAAAUUUGUACAUUAUUUUCUAAGGGAUGAUCCAAGUCGGAGACUGAAGGCUACUACAGUUUUAACAGAUGAAUUCCUGUGGCCUUUUAAUAAUCAGGAAUUACACGGCGAUGGACAACUUCGCCUUUCGAUUUCUUUAGAAAGUCUCGCCUCUCGUCGUCUAAUCUCUGAUGAAAUUCGUUACACCAGGAGCGACAGUAAAGUUAAAUUCAGCAAAAGAAGACAAUUUAAUUAAUUUGUAACGUCGAUUUUAAUAAAUUUUCUUUAAUUUCUGUUCGAAUA